GGAAGAAGGGUAAAGAGAAACUUGCAUGUAGAAGCGACAAUUUAUCUUUUUACGUAUCAUGCUUAAAGGAAUCGAGGUAGGCGACACCUGACACCGGACUGCCACAAAGUAGUGGGGCAGGGUUUUAUCCGGUUAUAUCUGGUUAUAAAUCUCGCGGGAGAAGAACGAGAGGCCGGGAUGUAGCCUCGACGAGCCGCGCCAUAUCAUCUCCGGAUCAUCCCCAUCUCCCACGUCGCUCUCCCGCCAUUCGAUUGGAUAACCCUCGAGGAAAUGAUGUGAAGGAGCUGCCUUUGGCCUUGGUCUCACAGAUCGAGGGGUUCUUUUGAGCACAAGAUGGUGAUUUGAAUGCCAAGCUUGAGGACGAUGCUGCCGGUCUGCUCCGCCGUAUCGAGCUGUUCUUCUCAUUCUCAGAUAUCUCUGCAUGUAGGCACCAGAGCUUUUUAUCCACUGCAGAAAGUUCUAGAGGAUAGACACAUUUUUGAAGGCAGGGCUUUUGCCUGCAACCAAGAUGGUGUUCUUGCUCAGGAUAUACCUUUCAGAACCCAUGCUUCUAAAUGUAUGCAUUCACUAAUCGUGGAAAAAUCUGAUCAGUCGGGUUCCUUGGAUUCCUCCAUAUUCUCUCCAUACCCAAAUGGAUUUGAUGAUAUAGUACGUGGAUUUUCAAAAGAAUGCAUUGAAAGUGAGCCUGAGAACUGGUGUUACUCAACAAGAGAGAGGAGUGGAUUAUAUCCGAUUGCUGAGGACCUAAAAGAUGUAAAGACUUCAAAAUUAUCAGGGGCUUAUAUGCUGCCUGGUGAACUUGGCAAUGAUAUUGCAGAUGAUGUAAGCAGUCGUAGUGUCACAGCAGAGACCAUGGUAUCACCCACUAUAGAACAACCACCUGCUGUUUCACCUAGAAUGGAUGCAUUUCAGGAUCUUCCAAAUUCUCUUGAUCAGAGCUCAAAUGGAUUAUCUGGUUCCACAUCUUCUGGCUCUUUUUCUGUCCCUAAUGCUGCAGAAACUGCUCUUACUGACAGUCCAGUACCAGUUUCUGAUACAUUCAAAGUGGCUAAUGAGGGAAUCCUAAAUCUGAAAGAAAGUGCUGAUCAUUUUAUAUCUGGAAUUACUGAAUCUAUAAAUACAUCAAUAGGUAAAGUGGAAGGUGCUGCAAAAGACUCAUAUGAUGCAUUUACUUUAUCGGUUUCAGAUACCAUCAGAAGUGUGACAAAAUCAUUUGACAGUGUGGGCAGUGGCUUAUUUUCUUCAGUUGAAAACUCCAAAUUACAGGCUAGUAAUGAAGUGACAGGCUACUCCAGUGCACUGAAGGAAAAUGUGUCCAGAGCAGGCACUUCAGCUAUUGACAUACUGAGGCAGGUGAUUAUAACUGUGGAGGAUUCUCUGGCAAAUGCAGCAACAUUUGUUGUUUAUUCUUAUGGAUCAGUGAAGUCGUUACUUCCACCAGAUGUCAGGGAUGCACUAGACUUAUCCGAGGAGAAAACUUUACAGAUUCUUAAUCCUGUUGGUGCUGCUUUUCAGCAGGUAUACAUCAUCAUUGAAGAAUUUGAAAGAAAUCUAGGUUUGGAUCCAAAUGAUCCAAUACUGCAAUUCAUACUUAUUCUUGGAAGUUCAACCAUGAUAGGAGUAUCUUACUGGUUAUUAAAGUAUGGCGGGUAUUCUGGUGAUUUGGCUCCUGAAACAACUUUAGAGCUGCUGAAAAAUGAAGAGAAUGCUGUACUUAUAGAUGUCCGGCCUGAGGAUCUCAGGGAGAGAGAUGGUGUUCCUGAUCUUCGACGGGCAGCUAGGGCUAAAUAUGCUAGCGUGACCCUUCCUAAGGUUGAUGGUUCGAUAAAGAAACUGCUAAAGGGGGGAAGAGAGAUUGAUGAUGCCUUAACUGCAGCUGUCAUCCGCAACUUGAAACUUGUUAAAGAUGGGUCAAAGGUCAUCGUUAUGGAUGCUAAUGGUGGUCAGUCCAAAGGCAUUGCAAGAACCUUGAGAAAACUUGGUGUGAAGAAACCUUACAUGGUUCAAGGUGGCUUUCAAUCAUGGGCAAAACAGGGUUUCCGUGUUAAAGAGCUCAAACCUGAGACCACAUUGACUGUAUUAAAUGAGGAAGCUGAGGCAAUCCUUGAGGAUUUUAAACCUAAUCCGGCACUUGUAAUUGGAUAUGGUCUGGGAAUGUCUGCGGCCAUCUACGCUUUACUAGAAUGGGAGAAGACACUGCAGAUCAUUGGUCUUAUUGGCCUUGGACAGUCUCUUUAUCGACGGGUGGCUUCAUAUGAGGACUCGGAGGGUUUAAAGCAGGAUGUGAGGUUGCUUCUAUCUCCUGUGAGACUGGGAGCGCAAGCUUUUUCUUGGGCUGCUAGGAAAUUAGAACCAAACAAAGUUGGUCUACCAACAUCACCCUCAUCAACAGCUAUUCAGGAUCGUGUCCUACAAGCAGCCGCAAAACAUGAAUCUCAACCAUCUGAUGCUGAGGAAGCCCAAGGGUUGCCGCAAGAAUCACCGGUUCAAACGAAUGAGAAUUUGGACCUCUCAGAAGCAUAACACCUUGAAUGGCAAACUUCUGUGCCUAGGUAUCAACUGAAGUUGUCUAAAUACUUCUGGAGCCUCUCAUGUUUUGUUGUGCAAUUUUUAAACUUUUAUAUCUGAUACCAUGGAUUGGAUUAAAUGAGUGACUGCCAGAUUUGGGCCUUACGCCUUUUUUCGACCACUAUAUUGUAGUAGUGAUGAUCAAAAGGAUUAGAGGUUAUGAGGUCAAAUGAUCAUAUGCUCCUGCUUCCUUCCACCUCCCUCCACCAGAUGUAUUCAUCAUUCACUAACCAGACUGACCCACUCUGCUGCAGGGCAGUUGGCUGAAAAUUGACUGGGAUACUUUAGGUUAACUGUUAAAUGGAUUUUAAACCA